CGCAGACCUGGCCAAACUACCUCUACGGAGUUCGCAGGCGGUCUUCUCCUACAAUAGCGCCAUCUACGAACAUUUUAUCUAAACAACUGUUGCGCGAGAGUAUUGCAAGCGAGCCAUUCUUCUCCUACAGCAUACGAUUUCCAUUCGUGAUCCUUCACGUAGUCGAGACGAGAUGGAACUUUGCAGCUUCGGCCAAAAGGCGCACGAAAGAGCAUUGUACUUCGAGGCGGAAGGGUAAAACUGAACUUCCUACAUAGUGCUGUGAUCAUCGAAGGAGGUUCUCGUGUCUCUACAAUAGGCGGCGGCAAUGGCCCCAACGCUGGCUUUGGAAGACAACAAACGCGCCAACACUUGAGCAUUCACCGCCUACCACAUCACAGGACAUCAUGGACAGCUUCCUGGGUCUGCCGGUGUCAUCCUCGACAAACCUCCCAGCAGAAUCCUCUUUUGCUGCUGAACAACAACAACCAUUACACAGUACGAGCCCUCUACCACGAGGAUUCAAUACCGCAAGAUAUAGCCAAAAGGUCAAGAAAUUUUGAAAAGUCGUCAGGCUGUAAACAGGCAUGAGCCGGUGCUUGGUUCUUUUCUCUCUCAAAAGAAAAUCCUCGCUGAGAUCCAUACGGCUUGAACUUGAUCCAGACAAUACUAGCGAAGAAGAAUCAUGCUUCCCAAAACAAACCCCUCCCAUAAAUCCUGCCAGUGCAACUCCUAACUCUUCACAGGUGUAUAUGCAUAUACCCAGCAUUCCUCCGGCGACGACUUCACAACCCGAGACAUAGAAAAAACCCCUCAACCCUUCCCCUCCACCCCACCAACUCCACCACCUCCCAAGCCCAACCCCCAUCUCAUCCUACCUCCGCUCCCUCCAAAUCGAAACCCGCGGAAUCCAAAGAAUCCCCCCCUCCUCACGCCACUACCUCGGAAUCCAACAAAUCUUCCUCCUCUGGUUCAGCAUAUGAGAGGUAUGCUUGGGUUCCGCAGGUGGUUGUGAUUUCGAUUUUGGCGGGUGUGGCUGGGCCGAAAUUUGAUAUUUAUGGAAAGCCGGAGGGAGUGGAGGGGAAUGUUGUGGGAGGGAAUAGGUUGAGCUUUUUUAGCUUGUGUCUGGCGGCGAUUAUUACUUACGCUCAAGGCGCUGCGGACUUCUUUGUCUAUUAUCCGGUUGAGACGGUGAGGUGGAAGGUCUUUGUUUCUACGCUGGCCGGUCUGGUGUUUUCGUCGACCUAUGCUCUGGUCGUCGGAGUUGGCCUCGGGUCAGGCGU